UGCGGAUUACCUGCAGCAGCCGGGGCUGGCAGCUCCUCCCCGCCCGCCCCCAGCCCGCCCCCGCCGCUGCACUAGCCCGGCUCCGCGGGCUCCGGGCACUCGCUGGCGGGAGCCGGGGCCGAGCGCGCCGGGCAGUGGGGCCUCCUCCCUGCGUCCUCACGCCGGGCUGCCCUCCUCCCGCACCGUGCGGCGCAGGGAGGCCCCGCGCCUCGGCCGCCCCCGCGUGCCCGCCUCCGCCGCGCUGCAGGGGGACCGACCGCUGGGCUCUCGGCACCAGCAGCGCGGCCCCCCGGGUGCCUCGGGCUCCUGGCUGUGGCCGCCGCAGGGGCAGCGACCCGAGUAGCAGCCGUUGGAGCCCCUAGAACAUCCUGGUUAGCAGUGACUAGAGCGUCCAGAGAAGCCGCAGCAGCAGCUUCAGCAGUAGCAGCAGCAGCAUAAGUGGCCGCGGUCGUGGGGCUCCGCCGGGCUCCGGAGCCGGCCGGGCCAGGAGCGCGGAGCCAUGGCUGAUGCGGGCGAAGGCGAGGAUGAGAUCCAGUUCCUGAGAACUGAUGAUGAGGUGGUUCUGCAGUGCACGGCGACCAUCCACAAAGAACAGCAGAAGCUGUGCUUGGCAGCAGAAGGAUUUGGCAACAGACUUUGUUUUUUGGAGUCUACUUCCAAUUCCAAGAAUGUUCCCCCGGACCUGUCUAUCUGCACCUUUGUGCUGGAGCAGUCCCUGUCAGUACGGGCCCUGCAGGAGAUGCUGGCCAACACAGUGGAAAAGUCAGAAGGGCAGGUGGAUGUGGAAAAGUGGAAGUUCAUGAUGAAGACUGCUCAAGGUGGAGGCCACCGGACACUCCUCUAUGGACACGCCAUAUUGCUACGCCAUUCCUACAGUGGUAUGUAUCUUUGCUGUCUCUCCACCUCCCGGUCUUCCACUGACAAACUGGCCUUCGAUGUUGGCCUUCAAGAGGAUACCACAGGGGAGGCUUGCUGGUGGACCAUACAUCCUGCCUCUAAGCAGAGAUCAGAAGGAGAAAAAGUGCGUGUUGGAGAUGAUCUCAUCUUGGUCAGCGUGUCCUCAGAAAGGUACUUGCACUUGUCAUAUGGCAACAGCAGCUGGCAUGUGGAUGCUGCCUUCCAGCAGACCCUCUGGAGCGUGGCCCCUAUCAGCUCAGGAAGUGAAGCAGCCCAAGGCUAUCUCAUUGGCGGUGAUGUUCUCCGGCUGCUGCAUGGGCACAUGGAUGAAUGUCUCACUGUCCCUUCAGGAGAGCAUGGUGAAGAACAGCGGAGAACAGUUCAUUAUGAAGGUGGUGCCGUAUCAGUUCAUGCCCGCUCCCUCUGGAGACUAGAGACCCUAAGAGUCGCGUGGAGUGGAAGCCACAUAAGAUGGGGCCAGCCAUUCCGACUCCGGCAUGUCACGACAGGAAAAUACUUAAGCCUCAUGGAAGACAAGAACCUCCUACUCAUGGACAAAGAGAAAGCAGAUGUAAAAUCAACAGCGUUUGCCUUCCGGUCUUCCAAGGAAAAAUUGGACGUGGGGGUGAGGAAAGAAGUCGAUGGCAUGGGAACCUCAGAAAUCAAGUAUGGAGACUCCAUUUGCUACAUACAACAUGUGGAUACAGGCCUGUGGCUAACCUACCAGGCUGUGGAUGUGAAAUCAGCACGAAUGGGAUCCAUCCAGCGUAAGGCUAUCAUGCACCACGAAGGCCACAUGGACGAUGGUUUGAACUUAUCCAGAUCACAGCAUGAGGAGUCCCGCACUGCCCGCGUCAUUCGGAGCACAGUGUUCCUCUUUAAUAGGUUCAUAAGGGGCCUGGAUGCUCUCAGCAAGAAAGUAAAGCUGCCCACCAUUGACUUGCCCAUCGAGUCUGUGAGCCUGAGUUUGCAGGACCUCAUCGGCUACUUCCACCCCCCAGAUGAGCACUUGGAGCAUGAGGACAAGCAGAACAGGCUGCGAGCCCUGAAGAACAGGCAGAAUCUCUUCCAGGAAGAGGGAAUGAUCAACCUGGUUCUGGAGUGCAUCGACCGCCUGCAUGUCUACAGCAGUGCAGCCCACUUUGCAGAUGUCGCAGGACGAGAAGCAGGAGAGUCUUGGAAAUCCAUCCUGAAUUCUCUGUAUGAGUUGCUGGCGGCCCUAAUUAGAGGAAAUCGUAAAAACUGUGCUCAGUUUUCUGGUUCCCUCGACUGGCUGAUCAGCAGACUGGAAAGACUGGAAGCAUCCUCAGGUAUCCUGGAGGUCCUCCACUGUGUGUUAGUGGAGAGCCCAGAAGCUCUGAAUAUCAUCAAAGAAGGGCAUAUCAAGUCCAUUAUCUCGCUUUUAGACAAGCAUGGGAGAAACCACAAGGUCCUGGAUGUGCUGUGUUCUCUCUGUGUAUGCCAUGGAGUUGCUGUCCGCUCUAAUCAGCACCUCAUCUGUGAUAAUCUCCUGCCAGGACGAGAUCUCUUACUGCAGACCCGUCUUGUGAAUCAUGUCAGCAGCAUGAGGCCUAAUAUUUUCCUGGGUGUCAGCGAAGGAUCAGCACAGUAUAAGAAGUGGUACUACGAGCUCAUGGUGGACCACACGGAACCCUUUGUGACGGCAGAAGCCACUCACCUGCGAGUGGGCUGGGCUUCCACUGAAGGGUAUUCUCCAUACCCAGGUGGGGGUGAAGAGUGGGGUGGCAAUGGCGUUGGUGACGACCUCUUCUCCUAUGGGUUUGAUGGCCUUCACCUCUGGUCAGGUUGUAUAGCUCGGACCGUGAGCUCCCCCAACCAGCACCUGCUGAGAACUGACGAUGUCAUCAGUUGUUGUUUAGAUCUAAGUGCCCCCAGCAUCUCGUUUCGCAUUAAUGGACAACCGGUGCAAGGGAUGUUUGAGAACUUCAAUAUCGAUGGCCUGUUCUUUCCAGUUGUCAGUUUCUCUGCAGGAAUAAAGGUUCGCUUUUUGCUUGGGGGGAGACAUGGAGAAUUCAAGUUUCUCCCUCCACCUGGCUAUGCAGCUUGCUAUGAAGCUGUACUACCCAAAGAGAAAUUGAAGGUGGAACACAGCCGAGAAUAUAAGCAGGAGAGGACAUACACACGAGACCUGCUGGGGCCUACAGUGUCCCUGACCCAAGCUGCCUUCACACCUGUUCCUGUGGACACCAGCCAGAUUGUGUUGCCUCCUCACCUGGAAAGGAUAAGAGAAAGACUGGCAGAGAAUAUCCAUGAGCUCUGGGUUAUGAAUAAAAUUGAGCUUGGCUGGCAGUAUGGUCCGGUUAGAGAUGACAACAAGAGACAGCACCCAUGUCUGGUGGAGUUCUGCAAGCUUCCAGAACAGGAACGCAACUAUAAUUUGCAGAUGUCGCUUGAAACCCUCAAGACUUUGCUGGCAUUGGGAUGUCACGUGGGUAUAGCUGAUGAACAUGCUGAAGAGAAGGUGAAGAAAAUGAAACUGCCUAAGAAUUACCAGCUGACCAGCGGAUACAAGCCUGCCCCAAUGGAUCUGAGCUUUAUAAAACUAACCCCGUCUCAGGAAGCAAUGGUGGACAAGUUGGCUGAAAAUGCUCACAAUGUGUGGGCCCGGGACCGAAUCCGGCAAGGCUGGACUUACGGCAUCCAGCAGGAUGUAAAGAAUAGAAGAAACCCUCGUCUCGUCCCCUACACUCUUCUGGAUGACAGAACCAAGAAGUCCAACAAAGACAGUCUCCGAGAGGCAGUGCGCACACUGCUGGGCUACGGCUACCACCUGGAAGCUCCUGAUCAGGACCAUGCCUCGAGAGCCGAGGUGUGCAGCGGUACUGGGGAGAGGUUCCGCAUCUUCAGGGCAGAGAAGACCUAUGCGGUGAAGGCUGGGCGCUGGUACUUUGAAUUUGAGGCUGUCACUGCUGGAGACAUGCGGGUGGGCUGGAGCAGGCCAGGCUGCCAACCAGAUCUAGAACUGGGUUCUGAUGACCGUGCCUUUGCUUUUGAUGGCUUUAAGGCACAGCGGUGGCACCAGGGCAAUGAACACUACGGGCGCUCAUGGCAAGCUGGUGACGUCGUGGGCUGCAUGGUUGAUAUGAAUGAACACACCAUGAUGUUCACUCUGAACGGCGAGAUCCUGCUGGAUGAUUCAGGCUCUGAGCUGGCAUUCAAGGACUUUGAUGUUGGUGAUGGAUUCAUCCCUGUGUGUAGCCUCGGGGUGGCACAAGUAGGCAGGAUGAACUUUGGAAAGGACGUCAGCACUUUGAAAUAUUUUACCAUCUGUGGCUUACAAGAAGGCUAUGAGCCAUUUGCCGUUAAUACAAAUAGGGACAUCACCAUGUGGCUGAGCAAGCGGCUUCCUCAGUUCCUCCAGGUCCCAUCAAACCACGAACACAUUGAGGUGACCAGAAUAGAUGGUACCAUAGACAGUUCUCCAUGUCUGAAGGUCACUCAGAAGUCCUUUGGUUCUCAGAACAACAACACUGACAUCAUGUUUUACCGCCUGAGUAUGCCCAUUGAAUGUGCCGAGGUCUUCUCAAAGUCGGUGGCGGGAGGGCUUCCUGGUGCCGGCUUCUACGGGCCCAAGAAUGAUUUGGAGGACUUUGAUGUGGACUCUGACUUUGAGGUUCUGAUGAAGACAGCUCAUGGUCAUCUUGUGCCUGACCGCAUCGACAAGGACAAAGAGACCCCUAAGCCAGAGUUCAAUAACCACAAAGAUUAUGCUCAGGAAAAGCCCUCACGACUAAAGCAAAGAUUCUUACUUAGAAGGACCAAGCCAGAUUACAGCACAGGCCACUCUGCAAGACUCACUGAAGAUGUCCUUGCUGAUGACCGGGAUGACUACGAGUACCUGAUGCAGACGUCCACAUACUAUUACUCGGUGAGGAUCUUUCCUGGACAAGAACCAGCUAAUGUCUGGGUGGGCUGGAUUACAUCUGACUUCCACCAGUACGACACAGGCUUUGAUUUGGACAGAGUGCGCACAGUGACGGUCACCCUAGGAGAUGAAAAAGGAAAAGUGCAUGAGAGCAUCAAACGCAGCAACUGCUAUAUGGUGUGUGCAGGAGAGAGCAUGAGCCCCGGGCAAGGACGAAACAACAGCAACGGGCUGGAGAUUGGCUGUGUGGUGGAUGCUGCCAGUGGGCUGCUCACAUUCAUAGCCAAUGGCAAGGAGCUAAGCACUUACUAUCAGGUGGAGCCAAGCACAAAGCUCUUUCCUGCGGUUUUCGCGCAAGCUACGAGUCCCAAUGUUUUCCAGUUUGAGUUGGGCAGAAUAAAGAAUGUAAUGCCUCUCUCCGCGGGACUGUUUAAGAGCGAGCACAAAAACCCCGUGCCCCAGUGUCCUCCACGUCUGCAUGUGCAGUUCCUGUCCCAUGUCCUGUGGAGCCGGAUGCCCAACCAGUUCUUGAAGGUGGACGUCUCUCGAAUCAGUGAACGCCAAGGCUGGCUGGUGCAGUGUCUAGAUCCUCUGCAGUUCAUGUCCCUCCAUAUACCUGAGGAGAACAGAUCUGUUGACAUCUUAGAGCUGACAGAGCAGGAGGAGUUGUUGCAGUUUCACUAUCACACCCUCCGCCUCUACUCUGCUGUCUGCGCCCUUGGGAAUCAUCGGGUGGCUCACGCCCUGUGCAGCCACGUGGACGAACCUCAGCUGCUCUACGCCAUUGAGAACAAGUACAUGCCUGGCUUGCUGCGAGCUGGCUACUAUGACCUGCUGAUUGACAUCCACCUCAGCUCCUAUGCCACCGCCAGGCUCAUGAUGAACAACGAAUUCAUCGUCCCUAUGACAGAGGAGACAAAGAGCAUCACCCUCUUCCCUGAUGAGAAUAAGAAACAUGGCCUCCCAGGCAUAGGCCUUAGCACCUCCCUCCGGCCUCGGAUGCGUUUUUCCUCCCCGAGUUUCGUGAGCAUUAGCAACGACUGUUAUCAGUACAGUCCCGAGUUUCCUCUGGACAUCCUCAAGGCCAAGACCAUCCAGAUGCUCACAGAAGCCGUGAAGGAGGGCAGCCUCCACGCUCGGGAUCCUGUGGGUGGGACCACGGAGUUCCUCUUUGUGCCCCUCAUCAAGCUGUUCUACACCCUGCUCAUCAUGGGCAUCUUUCACAAUGAGGAUUUGAAACACAUCCUGCAGUUGAUCGAGCCCAGUGUGUUUAAGGAAGCUGCCGUUCCAGAGGAGGAAGGAGGCACCCCGGAGAAGGAGAUCAGUAUAGAAGACGCCAAGCUGGAAGGCGAAGAAGAAGCCAAAGGGGGUAAAAGGCCCAAGGAAGGCUUGCUCCAGAUGAAACUCCCGGAGCCAGUUAAACUACAGAUGUGCCUCUUGCUUCAGUACCUCUGUGACUGCCAGGUUAGGCACCGGAUCGAAGCCAUUGUAGCCUUUUCAGAUGACUUUGUAGCUAAACUCCAAGACAACCAACGGUUCAGGUAUAAUGAAGUCAUGCAAGCCUUAAACAUGUCUGCCGCACUCACUGCCAGGAAAACCAGGGAGUUCCGGUCACCACCGCAGGAGCAGAUUAACAUGCUUCUCAAUUUUAAGGAUGACAAAAGUGAAUGCCCCUGCCCUGAAGAAAUCCGAGACCAACUCCUAGAUUUCCACGAGGACCUGAUGACUCACUGUGGAAUUGAACUGGACGAGGAUGGAUCCCUAGAUGGAAGCAAUGACUUAACAAUCAGAGGACGUCUGUUGUCUCUGGUAGAAAAGGUGACCUACCUGAAGAAGAAGCAAGCUGAAAAACCAGUUGCAAGUGACUCCAGAAAGUGCUCCAGCCUCCAGCAACUCAUUUCUGAGACUAUGGUACGGUGGGCUCAAGAGUCUGUCAUUGAGGACCCUGAGCUGGUGAGGGCCAUGUUUGUGCUGCUACAUCGGCAGUAUGAUGGCAUCGGGGGUCUAGUCCGAGCGCUGCCAAAGACCUACACUAUCAACGGGGUCUCUGUGGAGGACACCAUCAAUCUGCUUGCUUCGCUCGGUCAGAUCCGAUCUCUGCUGAGUGUGAGGAUGGGCAAAGAAGAGGAGAAGCUGAUGAUCCGUGGACUAGGGGAUAUCAUGAAUAACAAAGUGUUUUACCAGCAUCCCAAUCUCAUGCGGGCCCUUGGGAUGCAUGAGACAGUGAUGGAAGUCAUGGUGAAUGUCCUUGGAGGUGGCGAGUCCAAGGAAAUCACCUUCCCCAAGAUGGUGGCCAACUGCUGCCGUUUUCUCUGUUACUUCUGUCGUAUAAGUAGACAGAAUCAAAAAGCCAUGUUUGAUCAUCUCAGUUACUUACUGGAAAACAGCAGUGUUGGUCUUGCAUCACCAGCCAUGAGAGGUUCAACUCCUUUAGACGUGGCCGCAGCUUCAGUGAUGGAUAACAAUGAGCUUGCCCUUGCUCUACGAGAGCCGGAUCUGGAGAAGGUAGUUCGCUAUCUGGCUGGCUGUGGUCUGCAGAGCUGUCAGAUGCUGGUGUCUAAGGGUUACCCAGACAUUGGGUGGAAUCCAGUUGAAGGAGAGCGAUACCUUGACUUUCUCAGAUUUGCAGUCUUCUGUAACGGGGAGAGUGUGGAAGAGAAUGCAAAUGUUGUGGUGAGGCUGCUCAUCCGGAGACCCGAGUGCUUUGGUCCUGCCUUGAGAGGAGAAGGUGGUAAUGGUCUCCUUGCAGCCAUGGAAGAAGCCAUAAAAAUAGCUGAGGAUCCUUCUAGAGAUGGUCCCUCUCCAACCAGUGGCUCCAGCAAAACCCUUGAUAUAGAAGAGGAGGAAGAUGAUACCAUCCACAUGGGGAACGCGAUCAUGACCUUCUACGCAGCUUUGAUUGACCUGCUUGGUCGCUGUGCUCCUGAAAUGCACUUGAUUCAUGCUGGAAAGGGAGAAGCCAUCCGAAUUAGGUCCAUUUUGCGAUCUCUGAUUCCAUUGGGAGACUUGGUGGGCGUCAUCAGCAUUGCAUUUCAGAUGCCAACAAUAGCCAAAGAUGGGAAGGUGGUGGAGCCUGACAUGUCCGCGGGGUUUUGCCCAGAUCACAAGGCAGCCAUGGUUUUGUUCCUUGACAGGGUCUAUGGAAUUGAGGUGCAAGAUUUCCUCCUCCAUCUCCUUGAGGUUGGCUUUCUGCCAGAUCUUCGAGCUGCUGCCUCUCUAGACACGGCUGCACUAAGUGCUACAGACAUGGCCUUGGCCCUCAACCGGUACCUCUGCACAGCUGUCCUACCUUUGUUAACGAGGUGUGCUCCCCUGUUUGCUGGAACAGAGCACCAUGCUUCCCUCAUUGACUCUCUGCUACACACUGUAUAUAGACUCUCUAAGGGAUGCUCCCUUACCAAAGCUCAGCGGGACUCCAUAGAAGUGUGCCUGCUCUCUAUAUGUGGCCAACUGAGACCAUCUAUGAUGCAACACCUACUCCGAAGGCUGGUGUUUGAUGUUCCACUGUUGAAUGAGCAUGCAAAGAUGCCUCUGAAGCUGCUGACCAAUCAUUAUGAAAGAUGCUGGAAAUAUUAUUGCCUCCCUGGAGGGUGGGGCAACUUUGGUGCUGCCUCGGAAGAAGAACUUCAUUUAUCAAGAAAAUUAUUUUGGGGCAUCUUUGAUGCUUUGUCUCAAAAGAAAUAUGAACAAGAACUUUUCAAACUGGCCCUGCCUUGCCUGAGUGCAGUUGCGGGAGCUUUACCUCCAGACUACAUGGAGUCAAACUAUGUCAGUAUGAUGGAAAAACAGUCAUCCAUGGAUUCUGAAGGGAACUUUAACCCACAACCUGUUGAUACCUCAAACAUUACAAUUCCAGAGAAGUUGGAAUACUUCAUUAACAAAUAUGCAGAACAUUCCCAUGAUAAAUGGUCCAUGGACAAGUUGGCGAAUGGAUGGAUUUAUGGGGAAAUAUAUUCAGACUCUUCUAAGAUCCAACCGCUAAUGAAGCCAUAUAAACUCUUGUCUGAAAAGGAAAAAGAAAUUUAUCGUUGGCCAAUCAAGGAGUCUUUGAAAACGAUGCUGGCUUGGGGUUGGAGAAUUGAGAGAACACGGGAGGGGGACAGCAUGGCCCUUUAUAACCGGACUCGACGAAUUUCUCAGACAAGCCAGGUGUCUAUAGAUGCUGCACAUGGAUACAGCCCCCGUGCUAUUGACAUGAGUAAUGUGACACUCUCUCGAGACCUGCAUGCUAUGGCAGAGAUGAUGGCUGAAAACUACCACAACAUAUGGGCCAAGAAAAAGAAACUGGAGCUGGAAUCCAAAGGAGGAGGAAACCACCCCCUCCUGGUGCCUUAUGACACACUGACAGCCAAGGAGAAAGCCAAGGACAGAGAAAAAGCCCAAGACAUCUUCAAGUUCCUACAGAUCAGUGGUUAUGUGGUAUCCAGAGGGUUCAAAGACCUGGAUCUAGAUACACCUUCGAUUGAGAAGCGAUUUGCCUAUAGUUUCCUGCAGCAGCUGAUCCGAUACGUGGAUGAGGCGCAUCAGUACAUCCUGGAGUUUGAUGGUGGCAGCAGAAGCAAAGGAGAACACUUCCCGUACGAGCAAGAAAUCAAGUUCUUUGCCAAAGUUGUUCUUCCUUUAAUUGAUCAGUAUUUCAAAAACCACCGCCUGUACUUCUUGUCUGCUGCAAGCAGGCCUCUCUGCACUGGAGGACAUGCAUCCAACAAAGAGAAGGAGAUGGUGACAAGCCUGUUCUGCAAACUUGGAGUUCUUGUCAGGCAUAGGAUCUCACUGUUUGGGAAUGAUGCCACCUCAAUUGUGAACUGUCUGCACAUUUUGGGUCAGACUUUGGAUGCAAGGACUGUGAUGAAGACGGGCCUAGACAGUGUGAAAAGUGCUCUUAGGGCCUUUCUGGACAAUGCUGCAGAGGAUUUGGAAAAGACAAUGGAAAACCUGAAGCAGGGCCAGUUUACUCACACCAGGAGCCAGCCCAAGGGGGUGACUCAGAUCAUCAACUACACCACUGUGGCUCUCCUGCCCAUGCUCUCCUCCCUGUUUGAACACAUCGGCCAGCAUCAGUUUGGAGAAGAUCUGAUAUUGGAGGAUGUACAGGUGUCUUGUUAUAGAAUCCUGACCAGCUUGUAUGCCCUGGGAACCAGCAAGAGCAUCUACGUGGAGAGGCAACGAUCUGCACUUGGGGAAUGCUUAGCUGCCUUUGCUGGUGCCUUCCCUAUCGCCUUUUUGGAAACCCACCUGGACAAACAUAACGUUUACUCCAUCUACAACACCAGAUCUUCACGAGAAAGAGCAGCUCUCAGUUUACCUGCAAAUGUGGAGGAUGUCUGCCCAAAUAUACCAUCCCUGGAGAAGCUUAUGACUGAGAUAAUAGAGCUGGCAGAGUCAGGAAUCCGCUACACUCAGAUGCCAUACAUGAUGGAGGUUGUACUGCCCAUGUUAUGCAGCUACAUGUCAAGGUGGUGGGAACACGGUCCUGAGAACCAUCCAGAGAGGGCUGAGAUGUGCUGCACAGCCCUCAACUCAGAGCACAUGAACACGCUGCUGGGCAACAUUCUCAAAAUCAUCUACAACAACCUGGGGAUUGAUGAAGGAGCCUGGAUGAAGCGCUUGGCCGUGUUUUCACAGCCUAUCAUCAACAAAGUGAAACCUCAGCUCUUGAAAACUCAUUUCUUACCCUUGAUGGAGAAGCUAAAGAAAAAGGCUGCUAUGGUAGUGUCUGAGGAAGACCACCUGAAAGCCGAAGCCAGAGGGGACAUGUCUGAGGCCGAGCUGCUCAUUCUAGAUGAGUUCACCACACUGGCCAGGGAUCUCUAUGCCUUCUACCCACUCCUGAUCCGAUUUGUGGACUAUAACAGGGCAAAGUGGCUGAAGGAGCCCAACCCAGAAGCAGAGGAGCUAUUUCGAAUGGUGGCUGAAGUCUUCAUCUACUGGUCCAAAUCCCAUAAUUUCAAAAGAGAAGAACAGAACUUUGUGGUGCAGAAUGAAAUCAACAACAUGUCCUUCCUCAUCACUGACACAAAGUCCAAGAUGUCCAAGGCAGCCAUUUCUGAUCAAGAAAGGAAGAAAAUGAAGCGCAAAGGGGACCGGUAUUCUAUGCAGACAUCUUUGAUCGUGGCAGCUCUGAAGAGAUUACUACCCAUUGGGCUGAACAUCUGUGCCCCUGGUGACCAAGAGCUCAUUGCUUUGGCCAAAAAUAGAUUUAGCUUGAAAGACACCGAGGAGGAAGUACGUGAUAUAAUCCGCAGUAAUAUACACUUACAAGGCAAGCUGGAAGACCCUGCAAUCAGGUGGCAGAUGGCUCUCUACAAAGACUUGCCAAACAGGACAGAAGACCCCUCAGACCCAGAGAGGACAGUCGAGCGUGUCCUGGGUAUAGCAAAUGUGCUUUUUCACCUUGAGCAGAAAUCUAAGUAUACUGGCCGGGGAUAUUUCAGCCUGGUGGAACAUCCUCAAAGAUCAAAGAAAGCUGUGUGGCACAAACUACUCUCUAAGCAGAGAAAAAGAGCUGUUGUGGCCUGCUUCCGGAUGGCCCCCUUGUACAAUCUGCCAAGGCAUCGGGCGGUCAAUCUUUUUCUUCAGGGAUAUGAAAAGUCUUGGAUUGAAACAGAAGAACAUUACUUUGAGGAUAAAUUGAUUGAAGAUUUAGCGAAACCAGGGGCUGAGCUCCCAGAAGAAGAUGAAGCCAUGAAAAGGGUUGAUCCCCUCCAUCAACUUAUUCUUCUGUUCAGCCGCACAGCCCUAACGGAGAAAUGCAAACUGGAGGAAGAUUUUCUAUACAUGGCGUAUGCAGACAUUAUGGCAAAGAGUUGUCACGAUGAAGAAGAUGAUGAUGGUGAAGAAGAAGUGAAGAGCUUUGAAGUCACAGGAUCCCAACGCAGCAAGGAAAAGGAAAUGGAAAAGCAGAAACUUCUGUACCAGCAAGCCAGACUGCAUGACCGCGGGGCAGCAGAGAUGGUCCUGCAGACUAUCAGUGCCAGCAAAGGUGAAACUGGACCAAUGGUGGCUGCUACUUUGAAGCUGGGCAUUGCGAUUUUAAAUGGUGGCAACUCCACGGUGCAGCAGAAGAUGCUGGAUUACCUGAAGGAAAAAAAGGAUGUAGGCUUCUUCCAGAGUCUGGCAGGCCUCAUGCAGUCCUGCAGUGUCCUGGACCUGAAUGCAUUUGAGAGACAAAACAAAGCAGAAGGACUUGGGAUGGUGACUGAGGAAGGAUCAGCCUCUCACUUUGAAAGUCACAGACUACGGACUGGGGAGAAGGUUCUGCAGGAUGACGAGUUCACCUGUGACCUCUUCCGAUUCCUGCAGCUGCUUUGUGAGGGGCACAACUCAGACUUUCAGAAUUACCUGAGAACUCAGACCGGCAACAACACCACAGUUAAUAUCAUCAUCUCUACUGUGGACUACCUCCUUCGAGUGCAGGAGUCCAUUAGUGAUUUCUAUUGGUACUACUCUGGCAAGGACAUCAUAGAUGAGCAGGGGCAGCGUAACUUUUCCAAAGCCAUUCAAGUGGCGAAGCAGGUGUUCAACACGCUCACGGAGUACAUCCAGGGCCCUUGUACUGGAAAUCAGCAGAGCCUGGCACACAGCAGGCUGUGGGAUGCUGUUGUGGGCUUCCUUCAUGUAUUUGCACACAUGCAAAUGAAGCUGUCUCAGGAUUCCAGCCAGAUUGAGCUCUUAAAAGAACUUAUGGAUCUCCAGAAGGACAUGGUGGUCAUGCUGCUGUCUAUGCUAGAAGGUAAUGUGGUGAACGGAACAAUAGGCAAACAGAUGGUGGACAUGCUUGUGGAGUCGUCCAACAACGUGGAGAUGAUCCUCAAGUUCUUUGACAUGUUUCUGAAGCUGAAGGACUUAACAUCCUCUGACACAUUCAAAGAGUAUGACCCUGAUGGCAAAGGGGUCAUUUCCAAGAGAGACUUCCACAAAGCCAUGGAGAGCCACAAGCACUACACCCAGUCAGAGACUGAGUUCCUGCUGUCCUGUGCAGAGACAGAUGAAAACGAGACACUUGACUAUGAAGAGUUUGUCAAGAGGUUCCAUGAGCCUGCCAAGGACAUCGGCUUCAACGUGGCUGUUCUGCUGACCAACCUCUCAGAGCACAUGCCCAAUGACACGAGGCUGCAGACCUUCUUGGAGUUGGCAGAGAGUGUCCUCAACUACUUCCAACCUUUCCUGGGUCGCAUUGAGAUCAUGGGCAGUGCCAAGCGCAUCGAAAGGGUCUAUUUUGAGAUCAGCGAAUCCAGCCGAACCCAGUGGGAGAAACCCCAGGUUAAGGAGUCCAAGAGGCAGUUCAUAUUCGAUGUGGUCAAUGAGGGCGGGGAGAAGGAGAAGAUGGAGCUCUUUGUGAACUUCUGUGAGGACACCAUCUUUGAGAUGCAGUUGGCAGCUCAGAUCUCAGAGUCUGAUCUGAAUGAGAGGUUGGCUAAUAAAGAAGAGAGUGAGAAGGAGAGGCCAGAGGAGCAGGCCCCACGAAUGGGCUUCUUCUCCCUCCUCACCAUCCAGUCAGCCCUGUUUGCUCUCAGGUACAAUGUCCUAACCCUCGUGAGGAUGCUCAGCCUGAAGAGCCUGAAGAAGCAGAUGAAGAGGAUGAAGAAGAUGACAGUGAAGGACAUGGUCUUGGCCUUCUUCUCAUCCUACUGGAGUGUGUUUGUCACCCUCUUGCACUUCGUGGCCAGUGUCUGCAGGGGCUUCUUUCGCAUUGUCUCCAGCCUGUUGCUGGGGGGCAGCCUGGUGGAAGGUGCUAAGAAAAUCAAAGUGGCAGAACUUCUAGCUAACAUGCCAGACCCCACUCAGGAUGAGGUGCGAGGAGAUGAGGAGGAGGGAGAGAGGAAGCCUUUAGAGUCAGCCCUGCCCUCUGAAGACCUGACAGACUUGAAGGAACUGACAGAGGAGAGUGAUCUUCUUUCUGACAUAUUCGGCUUGGAUCUGAAGAGAGAAGGAGGGCAGUACAAACUAAUUCCUCACAACCCAAAUGCCGGCCUCAGUGACCUCAUGACCAACCCUGUCCCUGUCCCUGAGGUACAAGAAAAGUUUCAGGAGCAGAAGGCGAAAGAGGAAAAGGAAGAAAAGGAAGAAACCAAGUCGGAACCAGAGAAAGCUGAAGGGGAGGAUGGAGAAAAAGAAGAAAAAGCCAAAGAUGAGAAGAGCAAACAGAAGUUGAGGCAGCUUCAUACACAUCGCUAUGGGGAGCCGGAAGUGCCUGAGUCAGCAUUCUGGAAGAAAAUCAUAGCCUACCAACAGAAGCUGCUGAACUAUUUUGCUCGCAACUUUUACAACAUGAGAAUGCUGGCCUUGUUUGUUGCCUUCGCCAUCAAUUUCAUCCUGCUCUUCUACAAGGUCUCCACUUCUUCUGUGGUUGAAGGAAAGGAGCUGCCUACCCGAACCUCCAGCGAUACUGCUAAAGUGACCAACAGCCUAGACAGCAGCCCCCACAGGAUCAUUGCGGUUCACUAUGUCCUGGAGGAGAGCAGCGGCUACAUGGAACCCACCCUGCGCAUCUUAGCCAUCCUCCACACCAUCAUCUCCUUCUUUUGCAUCAUCGGAUACUACUGCUUGAAAGUCCCCUUGGUUAUUUUUAAGCGAGAGAAGGAAGUGGCACGGAAGUUGGAGUUUGACGGACUUUAUAUAACAGAGCAGCCAUCGGAAGAUGAUAUCAAAGGCCAGUGGGACAGACUUGUGAUCAACACACAGUCAUUUCCCAAUAACUACUGGGAUAAAUUUGUGAAAAGAAAGGUAAUGGAUAAAUAUGGAGAGUUUUAUGGGAGAGACAGAAUCAGUGAGUUACUGGGCAUGGAUAAGGCUGCACUAGAUUUCAGCGAUGCAAGAGAGAAGAAGAAGCCCAAGAAAGACAGCUCCUUGUCUGCUGUAUUGAAUUCUAUUGACGUGAAGUACCAGAUGUGGAAACUUGGAGUCGUGUUCACAGACAAUUCCUUCCUCUACCUAGCCUGGUACAUGACCAUGUCUGUUCUUGGACAUUAUAACAACUUUUUUUUUGCUGCUCACCUCCUUGACAUCGCGAUGGGAUUCAAGACCUUGAGAACUAUCCUGUCCUCAGUUACCCAUAAUGGCAAACAGCUCGUGUUAACUGUUGGCUUAUUGGCUGUUGUUGUGUACCUGUACACUGUCGUGGCGUUCAAUUUCUUCCGAAAAUUCUACAAUAAAAGUGAGGAUGGUGACACGCCAGACAUGAAGUGUGAUGACAUGCUGACGUGUUACAUGUUCCACAUGUAUGUGGGCGUCCGUGCUGGAGGGGGCAUUGGUGAUGAAAUUGAAGACCCAGCAGGAGACGAGUAUGAGAUCUACCGCAUCAUCUUUGACAUCACAUUCUUCUUCUUCGUGAUUGUCAUCCUUUUGGCUAUCAUACAAGGUUUGAUCAUUGAUGCUUUUGGAGAACUCAGAGACCAACAAGAGCAAGUCAAGGAAGACAUGGAGACCAAGUGCUUCAUCUGUGGGAUUGGCAACGAUUAUUUUGAUACAGUGCCACAUGGCUUUGAAACCCAUACUUUACAGGAACACAACCUGGCCAACUACCUGUUUUUUCUGAUGUAUCUCAUAAACAAGGAUGAAACAGAACACACAGGACAGGAAUCUUACGUCUGGAAGAUGUACCAAGAGAGGUGUUGGGAAUUUUUCCCAGCAGGGGACUGUUUCCGGAAACAGUAUGAAGACCAGUUAAAUUAGCAUCAUACCUUGAUUGUCUCUGAAAACCAAAAGCAAUCUCUCUCUCAAUCUCUCUCUCUCUCUAUCUCAGUCUCUCCUCUCUCUCUCUCUCUCUCUCUCUCUCUCUCUCUCUCUCUCUCUCUCUCUCCCCCUCCCUCCCUCCCUCCCUCCCUCUCCCCCCCCACCUUGGAAACACCUACUCAUAUUUUCCACUAACCAGCAUCUUGUGCUGAUGCACGGAUGCUCAGUCUCAGAGGACCUGACUGUUCUCCCCCCACCUCAUGUAUCUUCAUUGAGAAACAAAGACCGAAGAACAAUCCAAAUAAGCAUUCAGACUAACCAGGAACUCUGGAAAGGAAUUCAUCAUGGAUACUCUACCAUAACACCCAUGGACAGCUUCCCCUGAAGGGUCAUGGAGUCUCCACAAGCUGCCAGACCUGUGCAGCCAAGCACGGCAGUCACACUCACCCAGGCUCUUUAUUUUGCCAUCCCAGAAGGAAGUGUCUGAGGGUCAUAGAGCACUGUAGCACUUAACAGGUUGCCAUGCAAAGGGAAAUAGUGCCUUACUAUAAGUGGGUUGAGCUAUGCAGAAGAUAAUGUGCAUGACAAACACCUUUAUUUUCUUUACAUCAACCUUGUUUUCUUAGAUAAAAUGGUUUUGUGAUUUUGGUUUCUUUCUUUUUUCUCCCCUUUUAUUCUUUUCUUUGGUGGAGGAGGGUAAGAAAAGCUAUCUGCGCUAUUUUCAAAAGAAGGGUGGUGUGUCUCAGGACAGAAGGAGGCUCUUGUCAUCCAGCUACGUCACAUUUACCCUCCCCACUUUGGUAAAGACUCUGAUGCUACAUGGCAACUUAUGAAAUCUUUGUAUGAAAAAAGAGACUGCAAAAAUACAACUUUCAAAAGAAAUAAUUCAUUGCAUGUUUAUUAUGCAAGUUUAAAUGAACAAAGAAAGCCCUCAGAAACAAGUUGAUCCACAUGGGAGAACUUUCGUGAUAAUUACAUCCGUAGUAACAAAGCUGUGGGCUUCCUCAUAUUUCUGGAGUCAGUGUCAUCCACCGACAGUUGGAACCAUCGCCAAUGUGACAGUAGUCUUGGGUUUUCCUCUUUCUUUUGGCCACCUGUGAUCAGUCAUUGGUUAAGGACGCCUUGACAGGCCAUCUUUUGAUAUCCAAGCUGAAGCAAUAUCCAUUCAGAGAUUUCAUUGGUUGCAUCAUAAGACAUGGGUGACCAUGUACAUCGAUUCAUUUUAUGUUUUUCUUUUUUCUUUUCUUUUUAUCAUUUUGAGUCCUUUUAAAUGUAAUUCUAAUCUUUACAAUUAAAAAAAGACAGGUUCAGAAUGGAAGCGAGGUCAUUCUGCGAACAUUGGAGAUCUUUUAUUACAAGUCUGCUUGUUAAUUUUAGAAUUGUAAAACGGCUCUAAUUAAACUAUUUAACUAACUUC